CUAAUACCAGUGAGAUCGGCUCACAUCCAGGAAAAGAGAGACAGAAUUAUUCAAAAUGUGAUGUGGGACCUGAUACGGCGAAACAACACAAUGCACAACGAUGAACGGUGCUGCGUAUGAUGGCAUGUUCAACAUUGAUAGUGAAACAGAAGAGUUGACAGUUGGAUGCCAAGUCUGCACGUCAAUAGGACACAGGUACGAAGACGAACACAAGGGAGGUCGUCAGCACGCUAAGAUACAACUACAUGCAGGAUACAGCAUCACACGGGGAAGGAAAAGCAAAGAAAAGUCUUCAGUUCUGGGGAAAGUAGCAAAAGCAGUGUCAGCUUUACGUAACAGUGGCGGGGGAGUGUUGCUGGUACACUUGGAGGGGAUUUCACCAGAAGAUAGGUGUCUCGAGUACUUUGAUGAAUUUGUAGUAAAGACAUUCACGAACUUACUUGAAGGUGGGGAACUGUAUACUGACUCAUAUGAACGUUAUUUCCUCAACGAGAAACCGAAAUUCACAGACGCGCGUGACUUUCUUGUAGUUGACGUUAACAAAACAGCUGGUGUAGCAACAGUUGAUUUCAACACUAAGGCAAGCAAUGACAAUGAGAACCUGGUUGUAACAUCACUGAACCUUUUGGAAGUAUUGAAUAAAACAGAAACAAAUACGAAGAACCAAGCUUCUCUUAGGAACCUGCCAGAUAAUGUGAAAACAUUUCAUGAGAAUCGACAUAUACAGUUGAAAGCAUUUAAAGACAACACUGAAGAGAUUCAGCGGAAACAAGCUGAUGUGGGAAAAUUGACUGAUCAUAUCUGGCACACUCUUAAGCUGAAAGACAAUAUAACUUCUAUGUCAAAGCUGGUUCAAGGUGGGUCAUACUACUUGGGUGUUAACGAAAAGAAAGCUGUCACAGAGGGAGGUUAUCAAACAAAGGUUGCAGACAUUGUUGGUUUCAAGCUACACGUGAGUCAGGCAUCCUUGAUAGAGAGUAUCUACAGGAAGGUUGAGACUGAUCUGUCUAUAUUGACAAAGCAGGGCAAGUUUACAGACGCUCCUAGAAACCUGAUAAACAUAGAAUUCUACCCUAUCCAACAAUCUGAGCUAUUUGUUUUGGAAGUAGCUAUUCGAUAUUGCGACGGGGUUGUUUUUUAUGAUAGACAAGGGCCGAGAUCCUACAUUCUCGAUGAAAAAAACAAAACUGUAAGAAGAAUGAGCAAUGAUGAAUGGCUUCAGAAAUUAUCAAGUACUCCUGCUUUGAAUGCAACAUUUCUUAAGCUUCAGGUGUGUCCAUGAUGUGAAAUCGUUCAAAAAACAAAGAAAGAGCAAUUUCCUUUCCAGUGAUUUUCCUACCUAAACAAGACCAGUAAAACAUCUUCAUCUGUUUCAUAUAAUAGAUGCACGCAGACAGAUUCAGAGUGAUAUAAACCUCUCUACAAAACUAUAUGACAAGAGGGAUGACGUCAACUUUCCAAUAGUUAACUUUUUCCCUUCAGCUGUACUCAAGCAGCACCAUCAGCUGUACUCAAGCAGCACCAUCAGCUGAACACAAGUAGCACCAUCAGCUGUACUCAAGUAGCACCAUCAGCUGUACUCAAGUAGCACCACCAGCUGUACUCAAGCAGCACCAUCAGCUGUACUCAAGUAGCACCAUCAGCUGUACUCAAGUAGCACCACCAGCUGUACUCAAGCAGCACCAUCAGCUGUACUCAAGUAGCACCACCAGCUGUACUCAAGUAGCACCAUCAGCUGUACUCGAGUAGCACCAUCAGCUGUACUCAAGCAGCACCAUCAGCUGUACUCAAGUAGCACCAUCAGCUGUACUCGAGUAGCACCAUCAGCUGUACUCGAGUAGCAUCACCAGCUGUACUCAAGCAGCACCAUCAGCUGUACUCGAGUAGCACCACCAGCUGUACUCAAGUAGCACCAUCAGCUGUACUCAA